AGUAGUAAUACUGUGGAGCAGACAAGGUCGACCGUAUGUGACCAAUUCAUAUUGGUUUCGGUGAGACUGAAGAGAAAAGAAAGAAAAAGAUUGUAUCGAGUAUAGGAGAUUUCUCAUUUCAGCAGUCGCCAUUUUGCAGAGCUCCGCGUAUUGAACGUCAAGUCAAUAGCCAGUUUUUCUCGGGUUAUUUUUUUCUUCUCACUUUUGGUAAAGUGGCCAGAAAGAGUAAAACUGUGUAUGGGAUUGUGUGUGCAAAGUGAACCGUCGUUAGCAAAAGACGAGGAAACAAAUAGAAAAAAAAUUAUAAAUUAUUCUUCUCUUUUUUCGUUUCUUCUUCGACGAAAUGUUUAUAUGAGAAAAAAACAACAUCCAACCAAAAUAAACAAAUUGUGAAUUUUUUUUUUCGGAUCAAAUUUAUAAAUCGGCUGAUAAACAACAAUCAACAACAACAUCACCAAUCAUAAUAAGCCAGCGAACGAGAGAAAAAAAAUAAUAAACCUAAGCACGGGAACAGAAGAAGAAAAAGAAAAGAAAAGAAAAAUUCAAUUCACUUGUGCGGGAAUUCUUAUUUAAAUUCCAAUUUGAUAGUAAAACGAGAGUGACAGAGAGUAUAAAGUCCUUCACAGUCUCGAACACUGGAACUUAAAGAUAAAUGUGAACACAGUAAUUAAAAAUUCAAGAGAAAAUCAUUGAGAAACCGAACGAAAAAAGAAGAAGAAGAAAACACAGCGACAAGCGAGAGAAUUUAAUUUAUCGAUAAUAUUUAUCGCAAAUUAGGUUACUGUUUUUUGAAUAAAAAAAAACAACACGGAAAAGAAGUAGACAUACACAAAUAUUUUUUUUUUCCCAGUUUUAGUCGUCAGUUCAUUUUAUUGCUAUUCUAUAUGUGUUUUCCAUAAAUGUCAUCAUCAUAAAUACACUAUGCGAAUUUAUAUUUAACGAAGAGAACAGCAAUCAGCAAGAGAAUUUUUUUUGUUCUAGUGUAUUGAAUACGAUUUGGAUCAGUGUAUGUGUGCGCGCGCGAAUCAUAAACUUAAUCGGAAGUUCAAAGCGAAAAGUUUCCGCUAUAUAAAUACAUAUUGAGGGAGACAGCGACGAGCGAAUUUGAAAAAUCGAUUGCAUCGGAAGUUUUGUACUGCGAGUAAAGAGAGAGAUAGAGAAGAAAAAAUCGAUAUAGGAUUCAAAAGAAAUAUAAAGAGAAAAAGAAAACGGUGAAAAGAAGCCCAAUAAAAAAAAUUACAAGUGGAACACGCUGGACUCGAAAAAGGAUUUAAAUUCAAUAGAAAUGGGUAACAACGCAACAUCGGCCAACAAAAAGGUCGACGCCGCCGAAAGCGUCAAAGAGUUCCUCGAACAGGCCAAAGAGGAGUUCGAGGACAAGUGGAAGCGAAAUCCGACCAAUACCGCCUGUCUGGACGACUUUGAGCGAAUCAAAACGCUGGGCACCGGUUCGUUUGGUCGUGUCAUGAUUGUGCAACAUAAGCCGAGCAGCAGUUUUUAUGCGAUGAAAAUUCUCGACAAACAAAAAGUAGUGAAAUUGAAGCAGGUAGAGCACACAUUGAAUGAGAAACGAAUCCUACAAGCCAUCUCGUUUCCAUUCUUAGUCAGCCUCAAAUAUCACUUCAAAGACAAUUCUAAUUUGUACAUGGUGCUAGAGUAUGUGCCAGGUGGUGAAAUGUUUUCACAUUUACGCAAAGUCGGCCGAUUCUCUGAGCCACACUCACGCUUCUAUGCCGCACAAAUCGUUCUUGCAUUUGAGUAUUUGCACUAUUUAGAUCUUAUCUAUCGCGAUUUAAAGCCAGAGAAUCUAUUGAUCGAUUCGCAGGGCUAUCUCAAAGUGACCGAUUUUGGGUUUGCGAAACGUGUCAAGGGCCGUACAUGGACAUUGUGCGGUACACCCGAGUAUUUGGCGCCCGAAAUUAUUCUCAGCAAAGGUUACAACAAAGCCGUCGAUUGGUGGGCACUUGGUGUACUUGUUUAUGAAAUGGCCGCCGGUUAUCCGCCAUUUUUUGCCGAUCAACCGAUUCAAAUUUACGAGAAAAUUGUGUCGGGCAAAGUACGAUUCCCAUCGCAUUUCGGUUCCGAUCUCAAGGAUCUGCUACGGAAUCUAUUGCAAGUCGAUUUAACCAAACGUUAUGGCAAUUUGAAAGCGGGCGUAAAUGACAUCAAGAAUCACAAAUGGUUUGCAUCAACCGAUUGGAUAGCCGUAUUCCAAAAGAAAAUCGAAGCGCCGUUCAUACCGAGAUGCAAGGGCGCUGGUGAUACUAGCAAUUUCGACGAUUACGAAGAAGAAACCCUUAGAAUUUCAAGUACUGAAAAAUGCGCCAAGGAAUUUGCCGAAUUUUAGACUCUUAUCAUUGGGAUAUAUUUAAUAUAAAAUACAUUUAAAUAUAACUGAUAAAUGAAUUUUGUGUUAAACAGAUGAAGAAGAAAAACAAAACAAACAAAAAGUAAUAAUUAAACAAAUUGUGCGUCUGUGUGUUUCAUUCGUUUUUAUAAAUAAUAAUUUAAAAAAAAAACAAGUAAAGUAAAAACAUAGUAAUAAUAAUAACAAGGAACAUAACACUAAAUGGACAUUCACAACAACCAAACAGAAUAAAAAUUGAACAGUUCAAACCGCAAAAAUGGAACACGAAUGAGCGAGAGGGAGCUUGAACACAAAAAAAAAUAGUCAUAACGAGAUCGCGAAGCGGAAGUAGAAUGAAAAGUAAAAGUCAAAGCCACACACAUACAUCAUCGUGAGAAUAAUGCAAAUGAGUGCAGAGAUAUGCAAGCGAAAACACCAUGCAGACACCCAACCGAAACAGAAAGAAAAAUCAAUUGCAAUUGAAAGUCAAUGCACCAGAAAAAAUGCGAGAAAAAAGUCGACGGCACCAACAACAGCAGCAGCAGCAGCAGACAAACCAGCAUAAAAAAAACCUGCAAACAUUCAUGCACAAUCAAUACUAGCGAACCGGUGCUCGUUGUGAGCACCUACGACACCAGCCAUCGCAAAAACCGUCGGAUUUAUUCAUCAUACAACAAACUACGUAGCAUCAGCUCCAGCUCUGGAUUAUGCAUAUUUGAAUGUAAGCAUACGAUUUUUCAAAACAAAAAAAAACCAAAAAAAACCGAACUGAAUUUGGCUUUCGGUACUUAUAUGUCAUUCAACUCUCAGUGUGUGACACUCGCUCACCAUCAUCAUCAUCAUCAUCACCACCAUCGGCUAUCGCAAAGCCCAUUCUCUAUUUGUCCAGUUGUGCUUCUCAUACUCAUUUAUUCAUCAUAAUAUUUAAGGAUCGCCUCAAAACAAACAAAUAUACAAAUAAUCAUAUGACAUUCACCAUUCGCAUGUUUAAUCGACGUCUAACCAACAAACAAAAAACAAAUGAAAUCAAAGAGUUUAAUCAUAGUCACACAUAAAUAAGUAUAUUGAAAUAAUAGCUCACAAUCACAUAAACCGCAAAAUCAUCAUCGACGUUUACGGCAAAGCAACAGAGUAACAAAUCACCUUUAGAGAAAGAAAUUCCUGUAAAUCUACUAAUAGCAUUGACUUUGACAUUACUAAAUGAUAAAAGCUGCUGAGCUAAAUAGACUAAUCGAUUUUUAUUGAACAUGCACGCAUCGCUAACGACCGACGAAUAACAAAUGAAGUAACCAAAAUCUAAAACAGCAACUACAUGAACUGGAUUGAACUUUUGCCAGAGUUUAUUUUUCUUCAUUUUAUUUAUUCGGAAUGUGAAUCGAAAAGGGGACAAGAAAAAGAAACGUUGUGUUUAAUUUGCAAGACCGUAUUUAUAUUUUAUUUUCAAAAAAAAAAAAACUGAAGACUUUUCGCGGCUGUGUGUGAAUGUGUCAAGAGUCAUAUGAGUCGAUACGUUUUUUUAGUCCUAAAAACAAACAAAAUGUGCGUGCGAAAAAAGAGAGAAAUGUCCAAUGUAUCUCUGAGCAAUAAAUUUACAAUCGUGAUCAUGUGAGUGUGUUUUAAAAAUCACGUGACAACGUUCCCAAUCGAACCAAAGAGGGAAAAAAGACACAAUUUUUUUAAGCACUUCAAAUAUGACAACAUCGACCAUAUAAACAGCUCAUUGUGGCUCUUACUCAUGACAUUUUAAUUUAUUGGUUCAAAAUUCGAUUUGUAUCCCUAUUUCGAUACCGAGCGGCGGGAGGAUAAUUGGUGUCAACAAUUUCGGGACAAACCACAUAAACAUUCGAACUUGAUGUUAUUAAUCAGAUUAUAAACCGAAACACCUUUAUCGUUCUAUCGCUCGCUCACUUGCGCUGCGCCGUCUCCGCUGUUUCAGAAGACAGGAGAGAAAGAACAGUACAACCCAGAGGUUUGUGGUGCGGUGACAAAAUGUUUUCAAUGUGUGUUUUUAUGUAUGAGUGAAAGCCUCUCGGACCGAGGCUGAAUGGAAGUCAAGCGAUAAAUUGAGCAGAAGCCACAAUUCAACAUUCGCAACAGCACUAAGCUGUGUGGCAAUGGCAAAUGGCAAAAAUUUAAUCGAUGUAAUGGCCCUUGAUGAAGUUAAAAACAGAAAUGGCAAACACCAUGAGCUGUGUGUGUGAGAGACGAACACGUUCAUUAUCACCUACAUAAAAAUUAUUUGUAAUUUGAACUCUUUGCAUCGAAUAAAAGCGGAACAACAUUUUGUUCUCAACUCACAUCACAGACAGUGAAAGAUAAUCGACUCUAAUUUGCUCGGCAUUCAGAUGGUUAAGGAAGAAAUCGAUAGUGUUAUUGAAGAACAAGAGGGCGCGAGCGCGCGUUCACAAGUAAACAAAUGCAGUAGACUUGCCCCCAACGUGCAAUAAUCCAAACGCGAAUCGAUUUGAAAAAAUGAAAAGCCACAAAUUAAAUAUUGAAUCUAUUUGAAAUUCCAAUGAACCAUUGACCUAUCAACACCACCGCCACACACAGACACACACACCGUCGUUGUUGCUGCUGACGCUGCCAAAGCUAAUCAAUCAAGAAUGAGCCACAGCUGUUCAUUUCGACCGUGCAACAUAAAGACAUCGAAUUUUAAUGAAAUUAUGUUAUCGCGAACACUUCCUCCUACACCUUUGUUUGCGAACAAACGGUCUAUAACUCUCAAGUGUUUUCAUCAAUACCGCGGAGAGCCUCACAUACCGAUUUGUGGAAAACGUGGGACGAAAAUAGAUUUUGUAAACAUGAGCAACAGCCGCGAUGAUAAAUUUCUGGAGGACGCAGUGAGAAUCGGUCGGGAUUGUUCAUGGAGACAAGAGCUUUUUAGAUUUUUUUGCCGAAACACAACAUGUUCCAACCCCAAAAAUACAACACCAAUGGCUGAAAGGACAGUGGACGCACCAUGAUCAGCAACAGUAACCAGAAACCGAAUCAAUUUCCAUCGAAAAACCAUCGUCAGGGCAACCAAUACACACAUAUUCACACACACACACCGAGCUUGCAGCAAAACACAUCAACCAAUCAAACUGUUCUAGUUUUCAUUGUUAGCCAUGGCACAUUUGAGACAACAAUAACAAAAAAAAUAUAUGGAAAAUUAAUUUACUCUAAUUUGUUUUGCAAUUCGAUAUUCAUUCAAUCACGCACGCAUUGAGGUUGUAAACCAUUGAACAAAGAGAAUAAUAAAAAAAAACAAAAGAACACACACACGCACCAUUCGAUCCAUUUCUCGUUCUAGUGAAUUAUCCGUUCGUUUUUUUUUCGUUCCGAGUAUUCAUGCAAAUGACAAGAAACAUGCAUAUAUUGAAAUUCAAACAAAACUCACAAACCAAAAAUAUAAAACACACUCACAUCAUAAUGAAAGAGACAAAAACCAACCAACCAAUUGACAAAAAAAAACUUAAUUUCUUUCUUUUCAUUCAUUUGUUGAUUUUUACCUUUAUUAUUAUUCUUAGACCAAUUAUUCAAUGUAGAUAAAUUACUAAAUAUGUCAAUAUUAAUUUUAUUUUAUUUAAAUUUUUUGAAUUGAACGUGAAGUGAAAAACAAAAAAAAUGAUGCAAUAUAUCUAAUUAUGAAUAAAGAAAAAAAAUUACUAUUAACCAGUACUAAAACAUGAAAAAAAUAAACAAAAAAAAAUAAAAUAAAAAUCAUUAUCAGUGUCAGAUUUUGUAUGAAAAUGAAAUAUAUAUUUAAAGAGAAAAAAAAUGGACAAAAAAAUUUAUCAAAUCUAAUUUAUUUCAAAGAUGACAAAAACAAAAAUGAGAGAGAGCGAGAGAGAGUGAGAAAUGGAGAAACAAGCAAAAGAAUCAAUCACGAACCACUUUCUUAUCACUCUACAUGAUACCCUCCCCCACACUUGAUCAUGUACGCGAUACUUAACAUUAAGAUUUAUGAAGAGAAUAAAGAAAACUAUGAGACAAAAAAAACAACCAAACUACUGUGCUCCUAUUACUAAAAACCAUAAACAUAGCAAAAUCACCAAAAUCAAAUCUUAACAAAAAAAAACAACAUAUAUUUUAGAUUUCUAAAUUUUUGUCUGAAAAAAAAAAAUGAAUUUGAGCGUGGGAUAGAAAGUGUUGAGAAAUAAUCAAAGAUUUCAAAAAAGUAAAUUGAGGAGAAAAAAAAUUCAAAAGAAAAUGCAUCCAAAAUUUGUGAACUCAUUACAUUUAGAUUUAAACAAACAAACAAAAACUACUAAUAACGUCGCGGUGCAUUUCAGCCCCACAACAAAGAUGAAGUGAGAGAAUAUAAAAAAAUAACACAAACACAAACACAUUUAUGAAACAAUUGAAGAGUCAUAAUUAGCAAAGUGAAUUAAAUGAAAAUCAUUGUAAUGCAUAAUUAAGCGUAAAUUUAAUAAAGAUUCAUUAUAAAAAUGAUAAUAACUAUUUAUUUACAAAAUACAAGUAAUUGAGAGAAGAAAAACAAUCCUUACGAGCGACAACAGCAGAAGAAAAAAACCAAUUUAACAAAAAUCCACAACAACAGCAACAAAACUGAAUAUUUAACUAAAAAUAAAAAUAACAAAAAUAAAAUUUGACAAAUUACACAACCCAAUAAACAAACAAACAAAAAAAUCAAAUCUAUUGACUUUUUUUGUGUUAUACGCGAUGUAUGUUUUUACUAGGUCGAAGCUAAAACAACAACUACCAAAAUUAUUAUGAGACACAUUUAUGACAGUAAAACACAUACAAUACAUUUGAAGAUAAUGAACACAGAGACAGUAUCAUCCUCAUUGAGAAUAUAUCUGUUUAGAAGAAUGAAACAUAACGUGCAAAAUGCAAUUUAUCUGAAUAAAGAGAGAGAGAGAGAGAGAAAAAACCAAGAUGAGAUAAAAAAAAUGAGUAGCAAAAGAUGAAUUAUAUUUUGUUUGUUUCUUGCGUUGACAAUUUGUUUCUUGUUUUCUAAUUCGUAUUAUAAUUUUAUUUGAUGUCAUCGUUAAUUAUUGCCUUUUUUUCGUUUUUUAAUUGGUUAAAAAUGUAUUAUUAUUUUUCUGUUCCGUUUCUGUUUUAUAGACGUAAAAAAAUGUACUGCUACUGAGAGAGAAAUAAUAAAAUAAACAUAAAUACAAAUGAUGAAGUAGAUUCAUUUGAAAGAGAGCAGAACUUAUUUAUGUAUGCAACAAAUACAGCAACAACAAAAGAAAAUCAAUCUAUAUUUAAUUAUCGAAUAUUAUGUUCAUGAUGUACAUACCAGAAUUGAAUAAACGUGAGAAAAAUCAAAAUUUCACCUCCUUCCCACUUAAUACACACUGAAGUAGAUGAACACAAUGUCCUCUCCCCUCGAAGAAAACAACAGAGCAGAAAAAGAUCCUCUUAAUUGCCUCUAUUCAAAAAUGAUAUAUUUUUUUCAAUUUCCACAGCAAAAACAUAUUCAUGCAACAAACACAUUUCGUGCUAUCGAUCACAUCAAUUUCUCGCCUCAAUUCGGUUGAGCACCAGCAAUAAAAAAACACGAGAAAAUCAGCCAAAACUUGAAAAAACUUACAAAUAAAUAUUCAUCAUCUGUUCUUAGCAACACACAUGAAAAAAAGACUACAUCCCUUGUUAUUUAGCUCGUUAGUACGCAUAUACACGUUUUUAGUGUUUGCUUUUUACGUUCGAGAAUUGAAAUUAUUCAUUGAAAACUUUAUUCAUACUUAUUCGUUGAGACAGACAAGUUCAGCGCAAAUAUUUUCUCCGAUUGUGUAUUGUGUCAUUUUUUUUUCAAAGCUAGUUUAUGAAUAUUUAUACUAUAAUUUAAACGUUUACCACAAACACACACACAUACAGACACAAAAUGAGAAGAAAGAAAGAGAAAAAACAAUUAUAAAUUGAAAGCAACCUACAGCAACAAAUUGUGUAAAGUAAACCAGCAACAGCAAAAUUGGAGGAGAUAUAUCGAUUUAAUGAAAAACACAUAAUUUAAUUGGGACAAAAAAAACAACAACCAAGAAAAAAAAUUGUUAAAGUGAAAAGAAAAAAUAAUUUGACAAAUUGAAUCUAGUAGCUUAUGAAUCAUAAAUAUUAUUAGUAAAUCCUGGAAGUAUGAACAAUGAUGGUGGAAAAUGAAUAAAGAAUAAUAACAAAUAAACAAAAAAAAACCAGCUACAAUCACAAUGUAAAUCUGUAAAAAAUGAAAAACCAAAUAAAUCACCUUAGAGUUGAAAAAUUAAACUUAA